GUGUCCCUAAGCUUCGACGGCGCAUACCUCAUCAGCGGCUGCGACGACUCGGGCGCCGUCGGCGUCUGGUCGACUUCCACCGGCGCCCGGGUUGCCGCGUGGCGCGAGGCGGCCGCGGACGCGCCGCCGCGCUGCGUCGCGUGGGCGCCGCGGCGGCUGAUGGCGGCGAGCGGCACGAUCAUGCUCGCGCUGUGGGUGCCGGGGGCGCGCGCGCGGGAGCGCGUGCUGUUGACAAAUUAG